GGCGCUGCGCUGCGGCGGGGCCGGGGCCGGGCCGGCGGGCGGCCAGCGCUGCCGCCGAGCCGCGGCUGGGGGCGAUGCCGCCGCGCCGCCCGCCCGCCGCGCCGCCCCGCCGCCCGCCCGGCGCCCGGCGAGGCAGCGCCCGGCGGCGGGCGGGAUAAUGCAGCUGCCCGGCUCGCAGGCACCGCCAGCGGGGCGCCCCCGCCGCCAUGUCCCCCCCGGCCUCGGCGGCCGCCGCCAGCGAGGGAGGCAGCAGCACGCCGGUGCCUCCGGAGGAGGAGGCGGAGGGGGCCAGAGAGGAGCAGCGGCCAGUGAAGCAGUCUCUCAGCAAGUCCCUGUGCCGAGAGUCCCACUGGAAAUGCCUGCUGCUGUCCCUCCUCAUGUACGGCUGCAUGGGAGCCAUGACCUGGUGCCACGUCACCAAGGUGACCCGGCUGACCUUUGACAGCGCUUACAAGGGCAAGUCCAUGAUGUACCAUGACAGCCCCUGUUCCAACGGCUACGUCUACAUCCCCUUGGCUUUCCUGGUGAUGCUCUACGUGGUGUACCUGGUGGAGUGCUGGCACUGCUACACGCGCAACGAGCUGCAGUACAAAGUGGACGUGGAGAGCGUGCACGAGCGUGUGCAGCGGAUGCAGCAGGCGACCCCCUGCAUCUGGUGGAAGGCCAUCAGCUACCACUACGUCCGCAGGACCCGGCAGGUUACCCGCUAUCGCAACGGGGACGCCUACACCACCACCCAAGUGUACCAUGAGCGGGUCAACACCCAUGUGGCAGAGGCCGAGUUUGAUUAUUCCAAUUGUGGAGUUAAGGAUAUCUCCAAGGACCUCAUCGACCUGGAGAGCUACCCAGCCACACGGCUCCGCUUCACAAAGUGUUUCAGUUUUGCCAACGUGGAGUCCGAGAACUCCUAUCUGACCCAGCGAGCCCGCUUCUUCACGGAGAACGAGGGCCUAGACGAUUACAUGGAGGCCAGGGAGGGGAUGCACCUCAAAAAUGUGGACUUCAAGGAAUACAUGGUGGCCUUUUCUGACCCAGACAACCUGCCUUGGUAUGUAUCUCACUAUGUCUUCUGGGUGGCAGCUCUGCUGACCCUAUCCUGGCCCCUGCGGGUGCUAAAUGAGUACCGCACCUCCUAUGUCCAUUACCACGUGGAAAAACUCUUUGGAUUUGAUUACGUGGCAGUGACGCCGGCCGAGGAGCGCUCCUUCUGCCGGAGGAUGCCCCGUGUCAACACGGUGGACAGCACCGAGCUGGAGUGGCACAUACGAUCCAACCAGCAGCUGGUGCCCAGCUACUCGGAAGCGGUCCUGAUGGACUUGGUGGGGCUCUCCGGCUGCACCAGCUACUCUGCGUGCCGCUACGGGGGCUACCGGCAGAACUGCGAGCGGUGCCACAGGACUAUAAGCAGCUCCUCCAUCUUCUCCCGCAGUGCUCUGAGCAUCUGCAAUGGCAGUCCCAGGAUUCCCUUCAGCAGCAGCCGCUUCUCCCUGGGCCGCUUGUAUGGCUCGCGCCGCAGCUGCCUCUGGCAGAGCCGGAGUGGCAGCCUGAACGAGCAGAGCUGCCCCACUGAGCAGACACGCCUCUCCAGCCAGGUGACUGUGGAGGAGGAGGACCCCCCUCCUUAUCAGGAUGCUCUCUACUUCCCUGUCCUCAUUGUACACCGCAACGAAGGCUGCCUGAACCACGACCACCGUCACCUCCAUCGCAAUGGGUCCUGCGUGGAGACCUCACUGUGAAAGCAGAAGGCGGUGAGAUCUCAUUGUCCAUUGCCUGGCCCAAGCCAGCCCAGGAUUUGGGGAGAGGAGCACAAGGGGGAUAGCCUAGGAGGACAUCAGGAUGGAGUAAUCGUGGCAUCCUGCUCUGGCAGCCAGCAAAAGCUUCCCCCACUGUGGCUCUGACCUCCCAGAGGGGUGGAUGCUGGUGCUCCCCCUGACAUGGCACAGAACACUAGACCGAUCACCACAUGCAAAAAAAAAAAAAAAAAAAAAACUUCAACCAAACCAACUGCAAAACCAUAAUUCAUGGUAUCAAGACCCAAAUGGGGAAAUAAAAUGACAGGUCUGAUGCAGGGAGGGGGUGGCUUUGGCUCCCAGCCCUGGCUCCAGGCUAUCUCGUGCUCCAAGGAACCAGCAGCCACCAAAAAGCACCCUGCUGCACCUCUGCCCACCCUGCUUGCCACACUGAAGCAAGACCACUCACAGGGUGAAGGAGACAGGGUGGAGGAGGCCCCUUGGAGCAGGGUGUCGCUGCCUGUGACAGAAGGUCAUGGGUACCCAGGCACAUGGAGCUAAAUGGCAGGUUAGAGCAAAGGCUGAAAGCCACAAAUUCACCUCUUCCCCUUCCCCCCCUGACCAUUCUCCACCCUCCCCACUUUUUUUUAGACCAUGCUCCGACUGUUACUUUUUUCUCACUGCUGGGAAUGGUAUUGCCUCCGGAGAAUCCCGUGCUCAGCUCCUUAGGAGGUUUCAGUGUGCCAGCUGUGAGUCAGCUUGUUAAAGGGUUUUUUGUUUGGGCAUUCAGCACCAGGGAAGGGGUGAAUGUGCAAAUCCACAUGGAGCAGAGAUCUGCAGUGCUACUGAUAUGCUUGCUGGAGGAGGGCUCAGCUGGAAAGAGAAAACGGGAGGCCCCUGGUGAGCUGGGGAAGGGGAAGAGGAUGGCACUGGAACAGACAUCAUGGUAUCAGGUGGCACAUCAAGUGGCUGGGGACCCUACCUGGCUUUGAAGUGAGUCUUAAUUAGUUCAGUCAAGCAUCAAGGCUCUGGUAGGUUCAGCUGCAGUUCACCUAUUGAUAAUAGAGCAGCAGGUUGGUGCAUGUCUGCAUAAGUGAAUUUUGCAUGAGAUCCAGCUGGGCUCUGACUGUGGACUCUGAGCUGCAGGCUCCUGGAAGCCUCAUUUUGGCAGAGAGCUCUGUGGGGGUAGGAGAGACAAAUGCAAAAGCAUGCUGGAGCAUUGGGAACUUUGGCUGGGGAAAGGAGGAUCAAAAGGAUUCAGUUUCUGUGGGACCCCACUAUAGGUGCAGGACCCGUGCAGGAGGCACUGCCAAGAGGGAUGCUCUGCAGAACAGAGGCUGGGGAUAUGUUAGAGGAAAACCUGAUUAAAAUGAAAUGUUUUGCAUGACAGAGGUUUUUGCAGGGAGGUGUCAGGCUGUCAGAAGCGUGGUGACUUCUGCGUAGCUCAUUAGCUACUGGGUUCUUCUGCCUUGCUCUUGUCAGGGUAGGUUGCUCUGAGCUUUGUGCUGCCCUUUCUACCCUGUUGGAAAUGUCACCAAAUCUCAGUGACAUUGGGCAAAGAGGCUUCAUGCCACUGAAGCUGCAACAGUGUUUGCAGCAUGCAGACACCCAGUUUUUCCUCCUUCAGAAACACAUCCCCAGAUCUCUUGUGUCCUUGUUCUCAGAAAAGCUGUCUCCUUUUCAGUCAGCUCUUUGGGGAGUGCAUGCCAAAUCAGCCAGCCAUUUCUCCAGACAGCACAACUCCUCAGCUUCACCCUGCUUCCCUCAUCAGCUGUGGAGAAUGAAAGCUAAGAGCAGCACAUCUUGGAUGACAAGGGCAAGUUCAAUGGCACCUGGGCAUUUGUGCUUGGUGUCUGCCUCCCCAUCUGUCAUAGAAGGGCAAACAGUGAGGCACUGUAUUUAUUCCAGGCAUCUUCUCCUGCCAGCUAGUAAUGAGGGGUCUGUCUCUCUCAUCAUGUUGCUGUACUGCUUUGCCUCCCAGGUCUCGAGGAGGCUGCAAAUGCACCCAUAUACCACACUGGUCCUAUUUUGAAAGUCAUGUCCUGCUGGCAAGCUUGGAGUGGUCAGCACCUACAGGCGUUGUAGGGCUCCACUUUUCAUUUCCCCCAGAGCAGUCUGUUCUGCUCUUUGUGCCCUGCAUAUCUUGGUUAGUGUCUCUUGUCCUUUGAGUCAGCUUGUCCUCAAUCUCGGGUGCUAAGCUACAAACAACAGUGAUUUGAACAGGAAGUCUCUCAAAAUCUCACUCUGUUUAUGAAUCUGUAUUAGCAUCUGCCCUUACUUUCACUACCAGAGCUAGAUGUUGGCUUAAAGACGAGGGUCCCUUGGAGGACAGAGAAGCAUAAGGUCUCUGCACAUCCCUCUCUGCAUUUUGUUCUCAUUAUUUUUGGCAUAGAUUCAGACUGGGCAACAGCAGCCCUGGUAUUUCCUUGCUUAGUAAUGACAUUUGGCUUGCUGUGAACUCCUGCUUCUCUCUCUGAGGGCCUAAUGUAAGCCAAGGCCGCUGUGGAGUGUCCUCCUGACUCCAGGGAGAUAAUGGUGUGUGCUUGUAUGUCCCAGUGAAUUGAGACAGUGGAGCUGCAAUGGUCAUUAGUGAGGAAUGAGGUCCCUGCUUGUUCUUCCUGACAUGUUCUCUUUGAAAUCUGCAGUUGCUUAAAUUAGGCUGUAAUGGCUCAUCUUUCUAUCUCCAGCCUCCAAGGUGCCUUGGACAGAUGGAUUUAUCUAAGUUUUGGCAGGCCUUUUAGCUCCCUGGGGCAAAGACAGUCUUCACAACAGGGACAGAUUAGCAGGGUCUCUAUGCCCCCCAGCUUUUAGCACCUGCAGCAGAGUUUCAGGCACCAUGUCCUUGGCUCUUUCUGGGAUUUUCCAUGAGAGUGCCUGGCAUUGUUCCUCUGGCCCCAUUUUCACCUGUGAAAUCUUGUUCUGGAGGUGGUCUGUCCACAUGGACACAUGGAUCUUUGAGGUAUGGCUGCUGUUCUGAUCUACAGGAUCCAUACAGUCUUCCUAUUGCUGAACACCUUCCCCAUGUACAUGGUGUCAGCUGCAGCCAGGUUCCAGCUAUAGUCCCAGUGCUACAGUCUGUGGCUGGUCCAGACCCACAGUACCCUGAGAAGUGGGACCUCUGUAGUCAGUGUUCCCCACUGCAUGCCAGGAUUUCUCAGCGAUCCCAUCCCUCAUAUUCUUGGCCCUGCUACCCAAGUGCACCUGGUAGAGCUGCCCCCCUGGUCCAUCCUGUUCCAUUCUCUCAAGGGUGGAGACAUGCCUCACGCUCAGGAAAGGGGGCUGGUGUACUUGGACAUGGUAGGGGAGCAGGACUGGGCAGCAGGGACAGGAGCUGUCUCGUGGCUUGACAGAGAAGUGGUGGAGCUGAAGAGUAGAAACUGAAACUAGGGUUUAUCCUGGCGUGUCUAGUCAGGCAGGAAAGUUCAGAGCAGAAAACUGGGCUCUCUCUUCCAUCUCCUGGCACUACUGCUGGCAUGGGACGCUACCAGCAAUGGGGGUUUCCUCCUACGCGUUGGUGAGAGAACGCAGUGCCCUGGGCCAAGGGCAGUGCUGUGAUUCUCCUUAUGGCUCAGGUUGCGAGCAGAGGUACCCAGAGAUGGCCUGUCCCUGUUCUGGCACAUGGCCUCUCCAUGGUGGGGUGGUCCUGUGUCCUGGCACAUACCCAUCACCCACCACAGCUCUGGGCUGUGCAGCAGUCAGGUGCCUGCUCCUCUUGAGACUUGAGAUAGAACUUAACUAUAAACAAUGUGAAAAACAAGAGAGAUAAAGAAUUAUUUACAUUCUUAUCCAGCUCUUUCCCAGGCUUUUUGCCUGGCUAGAAACUCUCAGUUUCUCUCUUUGACUGAAUCUGAGACCCACACUUGCUGACACACGUAGGCUUGUUAUCUGUACCCUUCUCUUCACCAAGUCCAGAGUCUUGAUCUCGCUUGCCAGACCGUGGCUUGAGUGGUGGUGUAGGAGUUUUCACUCCUGCUCUGAGCUUGGCCCGGACAAAGGGCCAAAGGUGCAAGCAGUGCCUUGGUCUCUCAGAGUGGCCAUGUCCUUAUUUCUGGUGCAGAAGAUCUCUUCGAAGUAAGUGGAGCUCACAGAGCUGCUGGCCACUUACACAAGGAAAGCAGGACAGCACACAUCACCCUCUGGGAAGGUCAGAGCUGGGUGGUUGUCAGUAUGAUAGGGACAGCAAUUAGGAGGAUCUCUGCAGUCAGAUGGCUUCAUUUUUUUUCCAUACAUCAUUUAAACAUUGCAUUGGGCUGAGAGUCAGGCUCAGGAUUGCAUUUAGUAGCAGACUUUCCUCAUAUACCAGAAGGAGAGAGACGGGAAUGCUACCAGCUCUUCUUUGUGGCCCUUCAUGGUGCUAAUGCAACCCAGAAGAGGGCGAGUCCUUACUGCUGCAAGGCUGGAGAAUUAGUUUGGGCUAUUUAGUGUUUUCUAGUUGUUGUCAAUAUACUUGUCAAGUACUUAAAAGCUCUCCAGCUUUUCUGAACUAGAGAAAAAAGGAGAGAGAGAGAAGAAGUGUGUGAGAGUCUCUGGAUUACCUGAUCAUCAAGACACAUCAGCACCCGUUUAUCUAUCUUUGACACAGUGGAAGCUUCCCACAUAGUGCCCAGCACCUUGCUUGUGGAGAACCAGUGGAUGUGGUACUUCUUUGAGCCCUCUGUGUGUCAUGUCUCACUCCACACCAAGGAGGGAGGUUUCAGAGAGGGCUGUCAGGGUGAGCAGCUGUAGGGGUCUUCUUUAGGAUGGUGAGAGGAAAUCUGAGCCUAUGGCCAAGGCCAGGCCUUCCAGCCAAAUACACACUAUUAAUGCUGGGGAAGCUGAUGUUCAUCUGUUGUCAAACAAAUGCCCCGCCCUUUCCUUUCUGCUCCCUGUAAAAUGCACAUUAAAAAUCCAGCUGGUCCCUGCCCUCUUUGUUGUCCCUUCACUCAGGAGGCUGCGGAGUUGUUUAAUAACUGAUGGAUGCCCAUGGGGUAAGAACUGCAGGAAAAGAUUUAUUAAGUGGAAGUUUAAGAAAAUUAGGUAGCAUCAGAUGCCAGUAAAACAGCUGAUUAGCAGGUGGGAUGAGUUAUGCCUUUUAAGCUCUCCUUCCAGCCUUUCCAACCACAGCUUCAGUACUGCUGUCUAAUGUCACCAAGGUGCUGCCUUUAGCAGGGUACAGACUUUGCUGCAGUGUGCUCCUACUCUGCUGCAGUUGCUGUAGGGGCUGGCUCUGAAGUGCUGCACCACAACCAAGACGUUAUGUUACCAAAGUGCUGUAAGUCUCAAGUUGGGAUAUGUCCUUCUGACCGUGUUUCAUUCAUAUUCAGUGGUUAGAAUAAAGUCUGUAGGAAUAGGAUCUGGAUCCAGGUAAUGUCAGAAAUGAAACGUAGUUUAAGUGAUAUCUCUAUCUGGUGCUGCUGCUUCCUGUGAUGCACUUGGGCCUACGCUCUCCACUGAGCCAGGUAAGUAUGGGGACCAAAGGCUGGUUCAUAGGACCUGGGACCCCAGUGGGGACUUGGGGCUGAGCCUGCCUAGGGCUGGUUUCCCUGUGGGCAUUCUGGAAAAAGUGGAAAGGGGUCAUAGUCACCCCUCAGGUAGAAAUUAAUGGGCUAUGUUCAUUCCUAAUGUAAUUUUACUGAAGCCAGUGGUACUAUACUAAUGUGAGGUUAGCUUAGCAGCUCCUCAGAGCGGUCUGUCCCCGAGUCCAGAAAAAUUGAUCUGUCACAGUGUUCCUUUGAUGCAUAGAUUUUGUGUUGGGACUUGGCCAACAUGAAUGAAUGUUGAAUAUCUGUAGUUUUUGCAAGCAGUGGGUUGAAUUGUUCUGCUCUACUGCCUCACAGCUGCUCUGCCAAGGGGAACAUUAUGCCCAUGGAUGUGAUAUCGUCAACUCCCUCAAAAGCAAGCUAACAAGCAAAUUGACCUCCACAGCACCUCCACAGCACUGGGAGAGGAGCUUUCUCCCACGGAACAAUAGCCUUUCCACCUCUGAGGUAAAAGAGGUCCCAAGGACAGAACUGAACCUGCAAGACCCAUGGCCUCGUGGCCUGCCCUUCCUCCUUCCCUCCUUACCUCAUGUCUGUCUUGGGGGAGGGACAGUUUCCCUGUGGAGUUCAACAAGCUCCUCUUCCUGCAGCUUGUGAACAGGCUCUACUAACAGGUAUAUCAUCCACCUAUGCAACUCUUCCAGAAGCUGCCAGAUUUUCAGGAGCCCAUUACAAUGUGCAGCAUGGCCAUCCAGCACUGAGAAAUAAGCACAGCAGCUGCUGGAAAGCUAAGUGGGUUUUAUUCCUCCCCCAUUCCCCAGGAAGACUCUUUUUGUUGGGCCAUUUUGUUUGUUCGUUCAUUUGUUUGGUUUUUGUAAAAUUCAUUUGGGGGAAAUGAAGCUUGUGAGAAAUCGGUGCCCAUCCUGAACCCUCCCCAGUCUUUCGAACUCUGUGAAUGGAUGGAUCACCUACUGUGAUUAUAAUUUAGUGGAUUUUGUAGAACAAAAUAACUUCACACACAGACACAUGAGGUUCUUUCACUCUCCAUCAGCACAAGCUGCUUCUGCAAUCUUAGCUACUCACAUUAGUGAAAGAAAAAGCCUACCUAGAACAUGGUGAGAUGACACAGUACUUUGUAUCAGUCCCAUGGUCCCAACGUCCAUUAGCAGCGCCAUCAGCUGCCAUGACAUGAAUUCAGACUUUGGAUGGCAGCCCAUGAACCGGUCAGGGUGAAAAUUUGGCAGAUCCCAAGCCUGAGUCUAUGCACAUUUCCAGAAGCAGAUGCAGAGGGAGGAGCAGCUGAAAGCAGGCAUCACCUCCUGCUCGGCCAAGGCAGAAGCUGGUGGGCUCUGUGUGUGCUGCACCUGCCCCCCAGGAACAGCCUGUCCUCAGGGGCUGAGCAGAGGGGAGCGAGAGCAGUAGUGUGUCUGCUGGAGCAGCACUGCUCAGCUGACUGGGGAAACAGGGGUGACAACUAGAGCCCAGAAUAACAGGAUUUCACAAUUUCACUUUGGGAACCCAACAGCUUUUUCAAACUGAAAUGCUACAAGAAGGCCAUAACAACUGUGAGAAGUGUUUCACAUUGCUGUUCCUUGCUUUAAAAAUAUAUAUUUUUUUGGUGAUGAUGUGGGUUUAAACUCUCCACUCCUUCCAUCUCUGUUAGUGAUGUGCCGUGCUGGUGGAGAAGAAAUGCCCAGGGCAAAUCAGGAUAGUGACCCUGUGGCUUUGCAGCGGAGUGGGUUGAUCAGGAAGGGAGGCCAGAGUUUAAAAUCUUUCUCUGCCCCUAGAGGCAUGACAUAGCUAUCCACCCAGACGUGGCAUGGUGGGGUUCUGCAUGCUUGUGCACAGCUGGGAUCUCUGGCCCUGCAGAGGGUUGAUAUGUUUGCAGCAUUGGUGUGGUGACACCCAUCCACCCUUGCAGCAAGGGCUUUUCAGGGUGACAGGGCAUUGUUUGUUUUUCAUGAGAGGAAACUCCUGACCUGGUUUCUGUGAGGAGAUGGUGUGAAGUGUCACAUUUGCUGCAGAGAGUGGCAGGGAGCAGCGAUAAAAGCAUGGAGCACGCUGUGUUUGAGAACAAGCCGAUCCUUGGUGGCCAUCUGAAACUGGAGAGCUGCCGGAUCUGCUCCCUGGAUGAUGCUUUCCAGCUCUUCUCACUCUCCCCAAACCCAAUGUGCAAACUGUCAUUCCUCUGAGCUAGCCAAAACACUCCCCCUGAGCUCCUCUGAGGCUGUGCAUUCCCAUCAUUUUGGUCCCCUCCCUGCUGGGUGCCAUGAAAUGCCUUGCCAGGUGCAUGAUGACCAGAGGCAUGCUGGUGGCUACACCUCCCCAUACCCUGCCUUUGCACAGCCUUCAGCAGUGCUCCCUGCCCUGGCUUGCCCACUGCUUGCUUGCUGCACAGCAACCGCUGCACAUGCUGGCAUCACUUGGUGCUUUCCCAGAGAAUUUUGCAACUAAGUUAGAAGGCCUUGAAGUUUUGGUGGUCCUGGUGUCCAGACCAGGGAGGAGAGGAGAAGCAGAUCAGCUGUUGUGGCAGUGAGAGAGCAGGGGACAGCAUCAUGGUGAAAGCAGCAUAUCUUCUGGAGAAGUCUCCAAACAUGGGCUCUGUGCUUCAAUGCUGGGGCUGAGGGCAGCUGACAGAGGGCAGAGUAGGAUGUGAAUGCUCAGCGAGACAUGGGAGAAAGAGAGCUGCUUGAGAACAUCUGUAAAAGGCUUUGCAAAGGUGUUGGUUUUUACAGGAGACAGACAGCAAAAUGGGGCAGGAGGAUGUGGUGCUGGAGCAACGGUGCUGCAAGGCAGGGAGGGUUGGGGGAGAUGAAGCAGGGCAUUUGAUAGAGAAGCUCAGGAACAGAGUGGGCUUUCGAUGCAAUCUCUGCUUGCUCUGGCUGAGGAGAAAGGCAGGAGGUGUUCCUGAGCUGAGGUGCCCAAGCCAUGUCUCGCUGCAUUGUUGGAGCAGCAAUGUCGCCUCCAAGCCCAGCAGUGACAGCUUGAGUAUCAACCACAAUGGCUAAUGCAGCCACAAGGUGUAAAUGUCACUAAUGAAUAAAUUGCCUUGUGCCUUGGAGAGGCUAAUCCAUCAUGGCCAGAGACAGGGAUCUGACAAGCCUGGCUAUUUCAGACAUACCCAGUAGGGAGGAGGAACGCUUCAUUUCUGAGCCAUCCCCUCCACCUAGGGAAGCCGAUGCAGGGCUUGGCUCUGUGCUACUUCCCUUCUUCCCAGCCACAUGAGCUCAGGCUUCAUCCCUCUUCAAUGCAACUGAAGAAGCAUGAAAGGAUCUAGAUUAGCCAAAAGUGCCCUGUUAGCAGGGUGGUACAUGGGGCUAUCAGGUGAUUGAGGUUGGAGGGAAGCUGCUGGGCACAGGGCACAGGUUCUGGAGGGGUGAUGGAAUACACUGCUGGGUCCCCAGUGAUCAGGAGAGUUUGUGUUAGUUGUCUAUGUUUUAGAAGCGUGCUGUUUCCUCGUCACCCCACUGUGCUGUCCCACAGGCAAGGCACAGUACCCCCAUUUUCAGUACCCCCUGUGUGUGAAUCCCAGCCACCAGUGCCCUGGCUGACUGUGCAGAGGGCCAGCAGGUACCAAACAGGCAGGGACAACUCAGCCUAGACAAAUCCAGCUCCAUGGGAGCAAAGGGAAGCUGAACAUAGCAACCAUUUCUGUGCACAGCCUCUGCUCAUCCUUGUGGCAGCCUGCUCCUCCUCCCCCAGUCGGUGCUCAAAAUCAACCUGCCAUCCUGUUUGUGACAUAUGCCAGUGUGACACCUUGCAAAUCAAUGCCUGGGUCUCUGUGAGCAGAAACCGCCAGGCUUGGGAAGCUGGCCACUGUUUCCUGCUGCCGUGUGUGCUCUGCUCAGAGCAGUGGAAGCCGGGCUCGCCAUCUGCUGUGGGAGAGAGCCAGCUGGGUGCCCCUGCUCCGGCCUGAUGGGACAGCCUGAGGGCGAGCCCUUGUGUCAUUCCCCCUUCUUUACCGUCUGACCACUCCUGUCUCACCAUCUCUCUGGCACAGAGCCAUGGGUGGGGGGAUGCUCCCAGCUUGACUCUGCUAAGUGCUGCUGAUGCUGUGGUGGCAGUGCCCAAGCUUGUUCCCUCCUCCAGAUGGAGGCCCACAAGUGAGUCCCCCCCUCCUUAGAACCUGCCAGUACUCCUUGGAGAUAGAUCUCAUGGGAAAGUUAAGGUAUUUGUUCUGGCCCUGCACUCAGCACGGAGUGACCAGCUAGUUACCUGCCCUGUGGUAGCUGGACCUGGAACUGACAAGUGACCCACAAACAGCAGGAAUGUUCACACUCCAACAAUCUGCUUUUGCUGUCUGGCUGAAAUGGUUUCAGCCUUUGCAGACUGUCACAUAGUUGACUGUUGGUCUUGGGUGUGGGCAAGUGCUGCAGGCUGCUUGGUUUGGACUUUGCUUUUUGGCCAAGAGAUUGAUGGGAGAGAGGGCAAAGAGUUCUCCAGGCAAGCGCUACCUGUCCGGGCAUUCCUGCACCUGGCAGCCCAGGAGUGGGUUUGAAGGGUGAUUAAGUGCUGUUAACAGUCUCAAGCUGUUAGCAGGAAAAUAAGCAGUGAAUAUCCUGGAAAGCAAGUGAGAAGUUGUUCUGGUCAUGGCAUAUUUUCCCAAGCCCUUUUCUUUCCAUCUCUUGUCCUCACUGGCUCUGGUGACUAAUUCCUCCUCAUGUGUCUGCUAGCAUGUCUGCAGGAUCUCAUCGCUGCCCACCAAGCAUGAGCUUCCACUGCACAACUGGCUGACCAGCUGCAGCCCUGUCCUUGGAGCUACAGGCAGGCUUGCCUAGGACCGGGCCACCCCCAUUAAACCCCCACCCUUGCUGCUGGAGCUGUUGCUUCAUCAGCCUGAUGCUGAUCUGGGUCUUUUCUGCUGUUUCUGAACAUGAGUUCUCAUCUCAUUGAGGUGUGUCAUCCAGUGAAAAUAUUUUGUAAAUGCAAAUAAAAAUAAUUAAGUAUAUUCAAUACCUCGGUCUCGAGGAUGGGAAACAAGGAGUGGGAGUCGCCCAGAUAGGAAGGUUUCACAGCUGCUACUGCUGGUUAGGAAUUCUUCUGGACGUAGCCCCUGGAGCAUCCAUCAAUAGUUGGGAAGGGAGUUACACAAACCUGUGAGGGCUUGGGUCUGAGCCCUGUCAGCACCCCUGCUGUUGGGGCAGCCUCGCACUCCAUCCUUUCUGAUCUAUAUGGGCAUGACACGGUGCAGGUAAAGGUCCUGUUGGCCAGGAGCCAGCGGCACCGUCGGUGUCUGUAUCCAUCAGACAGGGCAAGGCAGAAGCGGGUACAUGGUGAAUAAAUUACUUUGUGAACACUGGAAAACUGUUUUUAUUUUCCAACUCUGUCAAUAUGAUCUAGCUCUGUCUGUCUCUCUAUAUGUGUACAAACAGUAUAUCACAAUGUUGCCUUUUUUGUUGGAAAUAUCAAAGUACAAAGAUUGUAAACCAAAUCGGUGUAAUAAAAGUUUCAGAUGAUUCACUGA